CGUGCGGAAUGGACCUGGAUGACCUUUAAUUCCCAGUAGUUAAACGGCUGAAGAUUGGAAGCUUUCCAGCAAAAUACCACUCUAGAGUCUUCUGGGUUUGGGUAUGCGUGAUGGUACAAUUCUUUUUGAGUCCUUGACAUACUAAGUUGACCACAAUCUUGAUGGUUUUUCAAAAGAUUGCGGGGUGUUUCACUACGGAGAUUUCCAGAUGUUCCAUGCAAAUAACGCUGGAGAAAGGACCAGUGGGCCCCCCCCUUGUCGUCAAAGAUGAUUUCGGAACAGUCAUCCUUUCGAUUUUGUGUAGAGACCUGAACGAAGAUGGUGUGACAUCCUAAAAAAAAGAGCCUCUAUCACUUCAUCAUCCGCACUUUUUCAAUCCGCGGGAUGGAUGCACAUGUAUUUUUGCUGCAAGAAGUUGCCGAUCUCUUGGGACGAGCACCUGAUAUUUUUCACCUCUGGAAUCCCAUCGACUAGAUCAUCCGUGCACGUCGCUCAGCAUGACGCGGUGCCGGUGCGGCAAUUUCUGCACUUGCAUCGGUACCUGCAACUCUGGAGGGUCCGGGGCCUGAGAGUGGAGGUCUCCAGGGUCGCGGUCCGAGGCGGAUGUUGGGAUCUCAGACUUUGCCAGGUUGAUCUCCUUCGAAGGAAAGCUGGGUGGACUGGGUCGGAUUGAGUUUCCAAGUGUGAUAGGCCAAAGACCGUUUGCCGACGCAUGGGGUGGGUUUCGCUUAUUUGGGUCAAUCGAAUGUAUAUGCCAGGAAGGGUUUCAAACGGUUGCUAUUGCACGCAAAUGUGUCCGGCAUCCUUGCCUUUUAGAACAAUUUGUCUCUUUCUUUCUCCCUCUUAGAAAUGCUUUGACCCACAAGGUUUUGUUCUCGCUAUCCUUGGGGCACCCUCGGCGAUGAAACGACUGCCCUUUACCUCUGCGCGUUGCGGACACCCCACCAGUCCUGUGACUCACCCGAUCGGGAUUGGUCACAGAAAGAACCAGGUGAGUCCCCCUGUGGAGUCUCAAGGAAAAAGGCAGCAAACUGGGUCUCAAGGACGCUACUGGUAGCUCCUGGCAUUGCUAGCAACAAGAAGCUACUAAGUAACGAAGGGCAUCGCUACUAGUAGCAAGGGCAUCGUUGGAGGGUCUCCCACCGAUGGACGGGAUUCCACGGAACCGUCGCCGCCGGAGCGAGGUGCACUGGAUAGGACCCGAGAACCUGGACCGAGCUGGGCUCCGGGUGACCGGAAUGGAUACCUACGCCAUCGUGGCGUCAGUCCUGCUACAGGUGAUCACCGGGUUCCACAGUUCGGUGGAGGAGCCCGAUGAGACCGACGAGCGUUUGAAAUACCCGAACUUGCACAGGCUGAUGUAUGAAGGGCAGAUGAUUUUUGCGUCCAUCUCUGUGGUCUGCAGCACCUACACCAUGGUCAUGUUCCUGUUGUGCAAGAUCUACUCAGUGAUGGCGCUGGGCCUGUACAAGGACGUGUCCUAUGAUCUCUUUCAAGCAGCCACGGGAAGGUUCCGGCUCCGGGCGUUCUGGAGCUUGAUUAUUGCCAUGCAUAGCUUCUUGGUCGCCUUUGCGAUGAACCUCUUCACGCGCAUCAAGGGGAACAGAGGCCUCAUGUUCUUCUUCGUGGGGAUGCUGGGCAUCAUCCCAGUGGUCUAUGAUUGGCAAAUCAUCUACCAGAUUGCAGAGAAGUACGUCUACGCCUGAAAAAAAUAAUGCAACAUUUAUGUCGCGUGGGCGACGCUGGCUAUUGUGAGCCUGGAUUCGCUGGAAUCAGCAGAGGAA